CAUCUACCAUGACGAAAUUCGAAAAAUACAAAAAACAUUUGUCGUUCAUGUCUAGUGGAUGAUUCUGUUCUCCUGUAGAGUCGACUUCCGUCAUUUUAACACCGCCGCUCACCUCCUCUAAGCACAAAAAGUAUGUAUCCAUCCAUGAGAGCGAAUUCUAUGUGAAAAUUUCGCAUUCAGACGACCCAAAACAAUAACAAAUUGGCGUUUAAGAGAACACUUUUUGUCUUUCAGAUAAUGGAAUAUAUAAGACAUUGCAAAACUGAGUUUGACUCAGUUACCUGUCAAACAUUAGGCGAAAAUAAUUGAAUCUGUUGCUAACAUCCCCUACGCUGUGUUCGCUGUCAAAAAUGCUGCUAAACGCAUUUUAAAUGUUACAUUUCACCGGUACAAACAACAGUGGAGCUUCUUGCACUUCUUGAUCUUUCUUUAGUUUGCAUGAGCAAGCUCUACAUGAUCUUUCAAAAAUGAUGUAACGCAUAUGUCGUAAAAUACAAUAUGCAUCCGAAGCGUUCCUUAUCUAGUAAAUGUAUCGCAUUGAAAUGUGAAGCAGUAUAUAUUGUAUGUUACGACACAUGCAUUAGAUCAUUUUUGAAGGAUCAUGGAGAGCUUCACCGUCUUCUUUGCGUUAUAAUCGAAAGGCAGUAGACCAAAAUAGUAAAAAAAGUAUAGACCAAAAUCCAUUACUUUUUUUGAAGAUACUGAUAUUUCGAUUAUAGCGCAACGAAGAUUAAAUAAAAAUCAGAGCUAGAGUGAUUUUGAACACUACAAAACGACACGUCUAUCAAAUUUUUAAACAAGAAGUGAGCACCGUGUCACUUUCGUUUUCAUCAAACAUCUAUGUAUUCUUAUUAAUCACACAUUCUAUUCUUCCAAGUUUACGGCACAUGCGAGAAUCUUUUUUUUAUGAUGCCUGUAACAGAAAGCAUGAAGAAGAGAAGAAACAAAAAAUGAAUAAUAUUUUCUCUCUCUCUGCCUGUCUUAUGUUAUUUUUAGUAGUCAUAUUUGUAAAACAUUCUCAUACUUCUUUUCUGUUAUACUUGCACGAAAAAAAACACGCUUAGACGUACGUCGACGUAUACUAUAGUAAAUGAUCAAAAGUCGUUUAUUUUUUCAUUUAAUCAUUUAAAAACAUAAUUUAAUCUCACAUAGUGGCUUCUGUGACGCAAACGCAAAUUAAAACGAAUUUUGAUAUUUUUCCUUCGUUUGCAAUUUGUUUCGAUGUUGAUGGUGUUCUUGUUCAUGAUGAUAAUCCUAUAGUGCCUGUGGCAAAUCAAGCACUAGAAAAAUUAGUUACAUUACAAAGCAUCUAUAAUAUUCCUUUUUUAUUUUUGACAAAUGGAGGUGGUAUUUUGGAACAUUUAAAAUCAGAAAAAUUACAAAAAAUAUUUUCAGUGUUAAAAAAUAAAAUUAGUGAAGAAAAUUUUAUUUUAUCUCAUACACCUUGGAAAUUAAUUAGUAACAUGUAUAAGGAAAAAAUGUGCAUGUAUUUAUGUAGAAAUAAACGAUUUGGAGAAGAAAUAAUGAAGAAUUAUGGAUUUAUUAAAAUAAUUUAUUUUGAUGAUUAUUGUGAAAAAGUUAAAUUCUUAUUGCCUUCUAAAUAUAAACAAAAUUUAGAAGUCAAAAAAUUAAGAGAUCAAAUUUUAUCAGAUAAAAAUCUUCAAGUAAAAAUUGAUUCAAUAUUUGUUCUUGAGAGUCCUGCUGAUUGGCAAUCUGCAUUACAAAUUUUGUUAGAUU